AAAACUUACGGUGAAAACCAAGAAUUUUGUUUGACCAAAAUAAGGGAAAAGAAAAGAAUGGAAAGGAGGAGAAAUAUUGGGGAUGACGGGUGGGAAUAGAAUAACAAGUCAAAUGAAUUCUUUCUUUCCGAUCUGCGAAUUGGGAAAGUAUUAGCAAAAUGCUUCUGGCGGUCUUAUUUUCCAACUCCGAGGGGAACAUCCUCGUCGAACGUUUUAAUGGAGUACCAACAGAGGAGCGUCUGCAUUGGAGGUCCUUCUUAGUUAAGCUGGGUGCGGAGAAUCUUAAAGGGAUCAAGAAUGAAGAACUCCUAGUGGCUUGCCACAAGUCUGUUUACAUCGUAUACACUGUACUUGGAGAUGUCAGCAUCUAUGUUGUAGGAAAGGAUGAGUAUGAUGAACUUGCGUUGUCUGAAGCAAUCUUUGUUAUAACAUCUGCUCUCAAGGAUAUAUGUGGAAAACCUCCAACGGAGAGGCUUUUCCUGGAUAAGUAUGGAAAGAUUUGCUUGUGCCUGGAUGAAAUUGUGUGGACGGGGUUGCUGGAGAACAUUGACAAAGAUAGAAUCAAGAGGCUUGUUAGGUUGAAACCACCAACAGAAUUUUGAUGCAGUUUUUUCCCGGUCUCUUGUUUACGCCAACUCUGGGACUCGAGCUGUCUGUAAAACAAGCGUUAUGUCAAUGCAUGUUUUUUAUCUUCUUUUAGCUUUUGUCGUCUGUUAGUAAUUUUCUAUGCAGGUUUUAGCACUUUAAAAUCAUUCCCCAUACAGCUUUCUAAUUACAGAGGACCAGUUUCGUUUGAGAAGUGAAGAAAGCAGGAUGGUUUCCUUUUCCUUCUCUACGUUCUUUGACAUGUGGAGUUGGUUCUUUUGGGGAUUGUAUCUUUAUAUUGCUCUUUCACUUGAACAGGAUGUGGUUUUGGACCUUUGAAUUUGGGCGUGUUCAUUAUGGUCUUUAACUCUGUAAGAUGAGUUACAAACAGCUUGUGUGUAGCACAUAUUAAAACAAGAUUGUGAUUUUUUUCAACUUAAAA